AUGGACAGUUCAGGAGAAAAAGGAGGUCCGGUCAAGAUCGAUUGGGCGCGGGCCCUGGUGGAGCAUUACUUUGCAGACUCCAGCGAGGAGGAGCAACAGGUGAUGCUGAAGGGGAUUUGCGGCGGCAAAACAAUUCGCUCCACCGACGUGGAGAUCCUGGACCACGUUGCCGAGCUCGAUGCCGACAACAAGCAGGCGUUCAAAAAACAAAUCCAAGCUGCAUGCGAGAGCCUCGAUCACCUCUUGCAGGCCAAGGGAUGCAAGCAGGAUGCAAAAACAGCUGUCACGGGUACUGCAGAAGAAAAAACAGAGGCCGCUGCCAAGAAGGCUGCGCAAGAGAAAGAAAAAAAGGAGCAAGCUCAUCGGGAGCAUGAGGCUGGCGAGAAAGCUGCGCACAAGGCGGAAGUGGAGCGACAAUGGAAUUUGACACCGAGCUGGUUGAAGGAGCUGUUGCCGGGCGGGGGGGCGAUCACAGGCACGUUCUAUGCACAGUACCACCCUGUGAAUGAGUUCUUCAAAACAUUCUAUCCAGUGCGUGCUGGCGAGGAUCCAGCAAACACGUACCAGAGCUGUCAAAGGAAAUACGGCACCGCCAGGUGCCCGACAAAAGCAGACGCCCUCGAAACAGUGAUCAAGUUC